AGAUUUUGGCUAAAAAUAUUAAAGUUUGGGCAUAUUAUGAACAUUAGAAUAUGAGCUUCUGUUUUUAAACUAUUUUUAAAAAUGCCAAAUCAAGAAGAAAAAAGAUGACCGCGUCGGAAAUUAAAAAAGGACCGCCGCGGCAAUAACUAAGUUUUCCGCUGUCGCUACCAAUAGCGCUAUGGAUGAUUUAGUAUUCAAUGCGCAUUAAAUGUACAUAUUUAUAAUCGUGACAAUUUACCUCGAGUAAAGCGUUACAAACCCUUUUUGAUUUUCAUCGUUAAAAUUAGUAAAAACAAUUAAAUUCUCAUGUGUUUCCGUAGCAUGUAGUCUGUCAAUAAUUAAGUUUCAAAGCAUUCAUAAGGAAAUAAAGCAUUAAUUUUCAGAUAUCUGACAAAAAAAUCUCACAAAAAGGUCAAUACUUUAAACGUAGUAAUACAAAACAUUUAGACAUUUUAAACAAAAGCAACGGUUAAUCUCAAUUCUGCAACAAGUGUUGUUUAUCGUUUAAAUCAUGUACUUAAUCAAGCAAUUGAAAUAAGUCACAUACAAGGCUCAUGUGUCUUGCAUCUGAACAUUUUGAUCCUUAUAUUUUUAAAAUUUCAUCCUACUUUAUUGGACAAUCAAAGAUCCUGUACAUUUACAAUGAGAGUGAUAUCAUACCUCGUUUAAAUCUUCAACAAAGCAAGUACCAGAAUAGGUAAGAGUGGUAAAAGAAACUACUAAAGAUAUAUUACCGUAUUUCUUCUCUUCUAGUAUAAUAGCUAACAGGUAACUGCUGUCAGAACAUAGUUUGUGUUCAAACAUCAUACGUUUAGUUGCAUUUUUGUUUAGAUUCUGGACCUACAAACAUUCGAGUUGAAAAAAAUCUUCCCGGAGGAGUUCGACUUGUAUGGGACUUGCCUAAAACAGCGUCUUGCUAUGGGCGAGCUGAUAUCGAUAUCAUCUUAGUUAAUUCGGAUGGAAGCAUAAGACAUGUGAAAGUAUACAAUGAAGGGACAUCCAUUGAUUUAGUUGGACUUGAACCGGAUAAAGACAUCAAGAGCAAAUUACUUAGCUGGUGGUGUUAUUGCAGGAAUUGUUGUCAGUGUUUUGGUGAUAAUCGGUAUACUCAUUGCGGUAUUUGUGGUCCUUCUAAGGAGAGGUCAUAUGAAGCCUGUACGAAGAGGUUUGACAGCUAUGUCAGUAAAGUAUCAGAAAUCAGUGGCAGGAGUAAGGGCGAGGGCAAGAAAUAACGACUACGUAACUAGGAAUAUCAGUACUGACUCUUUAUAUAUGUACGAAGAAGUGGAUUUUAAGGACAUUCAAAAUUGGCAUUUGGAACGAGAUGAUGUCAUUUUUGAGUCGUUGCUGAAAUCUGGCAACUUUGCCGAUAUCUAUCUUGCCAAAUUAAGAUCAUCAAAUACGACAGCGGUAGCAAAAACUCUUAAACAGAACUACACCGAGCAAGACGAACUACUGAUGAAGGCAAAGAUAAACUUUAAAUCUAUCGAGGUAGGACAGAAUGAAAAUGUGCUUCGUUUUAUCGGUGCUGUAGUCACUGAAACCGAUGUUGGACCAUUUAUAAUCUAUGAAUACUGCGCAAAUGGACAAAUGCGAGACUACCUGGAGACCAUGAAAAAUAAUGUGACUUUAGAGACAUUAGAACUGCAGCUGCGAUUCGGACUUGGUGUGGCACGUGGAAUGGAUUAUCUUGCACAGAGAAAGAUUGUACAUCGCCGCCUUGCUGCCCGCAACAUUCUUCUAGAUUCUGAUCUUGCCCCGAAGAUCACUGGAUUUGGCCCACAGCCUAAUGAAAAUGACAAUGCCGAUGGAAACGCAAAGAAAAGGGUAAGAAUUCCUUGAAGUGGAUGGCACCUGAGUGUCUUAAAUCCACAGCUGGUGCCACAGAAAAAAGUGACGUAUGGUCAUUUGGAAUUGUGCUUUGGGAAAUAUUCUCUUUCGGUGAUAGCCCAUAUGGUAAUAUAAGAGGGCGAGAACUCCCGGCAAAGCUGAAAGGCGGUUAUAGACUACCACAACCUGAGCAAUGUGAUGACAAAUGGUACAGUGUUAUGAAGCAGGCUUGGUCAGAAGAUCCGAAGAAAAGACCUGGCUUCGAAGAGAUAAGGAAUACACUGGAUGUAAUAUUCGUGGCUGCGCCAACAGAUGACUACUACUACUACAGAAAGUAGAAAUGAACUCAAGAAACAGUUUGAUGUUGUUUCAAUCGGACCUGUAAUAAACGUCUGUAUAGUGUGCCUAAGUAAUGAUUUAACGACGACUUUAGCCGCUGUAAAUAAUACAGUAGCAACUUCUUUCUGAACUGUGACAUGAUUCUGCGAUUUCUUCUACUGUGAUUUUAUUGUCUUUGUUUCUCCUAUAUGUGUUUAUUAUAUUUUAUUUAUUACAUAAUGUAAUAGUUUUAUUUAAAUUUGUCUAAAAAAAUAGUUGACGGCUUUUUCAUGCCAAGCAUAUUUUGAAAUAUUUGGUAUACUAGGAUAUCUGGAAUUCCUAUAACAUCUUAUUACCCAAAGCAUUAACAGUAUGUACGAGUAUACCAUGUUAAGGAACAUACCUAAUGCAAUUAUAAUACAGCGAGUCAUAAGUCAGCAAAUGAGAAAUUUGAGUUACCAAAUUGAUUUCGCAGAAGUGUUAACUGUAAAUUGUGGGUUACUGAUGCUGUUCUGGUUUACUUGGUUGCGAAUAUAAUGCCUUAUCACUGUCAUCCUCUGUACUGAUCGUGUGUGCUUAAACUCUCGUGUUUGCAUGCAAAGAAGUUUAUUGUGAAUUGGUGUUAAGGCGAGCAGAAUUUUGUAUAUUUUUAUAUUUUAUCAAUUCUUUCUUAGUCUAAGCAUGUACUCUGUUUGACAGUUGUCCUACAAUGAACAAUGGCCGUGGAUAUGUGUAUGAAAUGUUUUGUUUUUGUAUAUUAUAACUGUAUUUCUCUUUCUAGUGUCUCGUUCUGUUCUGCAAAUCUGGCACAAUGAAAUGUAUACUAUUUUUCAGUUUCUUUCUUUCCCUUACAGAAAAAUAAAAACUGUCUUUUGAGGUCCUGAAAGUAAAGAUUUCAUUACAUAUUUUUAAAAAUGAUUCCAGUUCUGUCUACUGCAUUUUGUAUUCGAGAUGGACCUACUUUACGAUAUACGGCGCCUGGGAAUAUGUUUUAAUGUUGUUCAAAUCAAACAUACUUUUGAAUCAGUAGUUUAAAUUUGAAUGACAAAAAUGCAAUAAAAUCCUUUGAUACGAGGGCUGUUCAAAAAUAACGUAGACUUUUGCUGUCAAAUAUUGCAUAUCGUGUAAAUAAUAAUGUGAAAUAUAUCGUUGUAAUUCGGAAUCUUUCUGUAAUUUGGUCAUACAUGUUUUUGUAACAUUUUUGCUGAUAGGCGAAGCGCGUCGACCUUUAUUAUUACCAUAGCUACGCAUAACUGGCGCAGUCGCUUUUUGAUCUGUCGUGAUAUGAAUUCGAUUGCCAAUGUUCGCACUAAUAGUACACUUUUUUGCCCCAAAAUAGGCCAAAGAGCAACAACACGUUAGGGCGACAUGAACCUAGAGUAUCGUGCCAUUCCGACGUGGGAGAUGGAAGAAAACAACGUUUAAACUAAGUGUGUAUUACUGUUUAUAUUGCAUGAAAUGUCGUCAUCGACUCGCAUAGAUAAUAAGACAGUUGCUUAGUUAUGUCGAACAGGAACUGAAAAUCAUAAUUUAACGAAGCAGACGCCACAACAAUUUUCAGUCAUCUGUGUCGUUAGCUUUGAGUGGUGCAAACGAUGCUCAAAUUGUCCAGAAUUGCUUAAAAACAGCGGAGACGGGGGAGAAAACAGACAAACUUCGAAUGGACAUUAACGCCAAAUUGAUGUAUGUUGCCGCACAUAAAGACCAAGCACUCACGUUGAGUACCCUGUCCGAGAUGCGUGUCAUAAGUUUUCAUACAUUUUAGUAUUAAAACAAAACAGCUUGUAAUGACUUAAGUAUUGCUCAUGAGAAUCUAUAAAAUAAAUUUAUAAAUAUGAAUUAUUGCAAACUUAAUGAAAGGAUCACAAUGAAGGCACGACGUCGUUAACGUUGAAAUAUAAUCGCCGUGCGCCGGGUUCGUGUAAGUGACUGUUUCCGAGGAGGCAUAACUCCUGAAUGCGUAAUCAUAAUCAUGUUAAAUUUGCAAUGCAGUUAGUAGAAAGAUUACAAAUUAUAAUGAUAUAUUUCUUGUUUCGUUUCAUUUAAGUAUAUAAAAGCUAGAGAAAAAGUCUACGUUAUUUUUGAAGUGCCCUCGUAACACGGAAAUUAUUUUCACCUCCAGAAUGAAACAAAAGAUAAAUUAAAUACUAUUAAUUUUAUACGUGUAAAAUAUGGAGUAGAUAGGAAUGAAAGCUGACAUAUGACAUCAGCGAUAUUAUUGAUAAGCUGUUCCAACGCUAAAAGAACGUAAACUAAACCCGUAACAAAACCACAAUCACUCACUAGAAAAUGUAAAUACGUUUUUUGUAACCAUUUGUUUUAUGAUUUAAAUAAUAAACAGUUUCAAAACGUUA